AUGCUUGCCUGCAGAUUAAAUGUCCUUGUGCGCACUGCCCUCUCGAAGCGCCAGUUUUCUUACAGUGCUCCACGAUUAAAUCCUGAGUUCCGGAUACCUAUAAUCGACUUUGCGAAAAUCCGAAAUUCGUCCUCGCCUCAGGAAAAGAAGGGAACGGCGGAAGAGAUUGUAUCUGCCUUCAAGGAAAGCGGGUUUGUGUAUCUUACAAACCAUGGUAUAACUCCAUCUGAGGUUGAAAGUACAUUCCGGAGAAGCGCUCAGUUUUUUGAAUUACCAUCCGAUGUCAAGAAAAAUCUUUCAUGGGAGGAUCCUCGCUCCAAUCGUGGAUACGUAGCGAUCGGACGUGAACGUGUCACCCAGUCUGCAAACCGUGAAGAAAUAGCUGCUCUUCGGGAGAAAGCUCCGGAUUUUAAAGAAAGUAUGGAGAUUGGGAGAGACUGGGACUCAGAAUGGAAGAAUCAAUGGCCGGCAGAACACUUGGCUCCUGGAUUCAAGCAACAUAUGCUAGACUUCUAUGAGACGUGCCAUGAGUUACACGUCCAUAUUAUGCGUUCGAUUGCGCUUGGGCUGGGACUGAAGGAGCAUUUCUUCGAUGAUAAGAUCGACGAAAAAUGCCAUAAUUUGAGGUUGUUGUCGUAUCCCCCUAUCAAGACAAACCUUUUGAAAGAGGAAGGACAAGCAAGGGCUGGUGCUCACAGUGUCUUCUCAGACUACGGUACAUUGACUUUACUGUUCCAAGACUCAGUCGGGGGACUCGAGGUGCAGAACCCACUGACAGGUCAAUUUCAUCCUGCCGUACCUGUCCCUGGAACAAUCGUGGUAAAUGUUGGGGAUCUUUUGGCGCGCUGGAGUAAUGACGUCCUCAGAUCUACGUUGCAUCGCGUUGUGGCACCUGCUGCACAGAAGAUCAACGAAAUUGAAAGCGAGACGCCCAAACGCCAGUCCAUUGCCUUUUUCUGCAAUCCAAACUUCUCUGCUGAAGUUGCUUGCCUGCCGAACUGCGGAGAUGUGCCCAAAUACCCACCUGUCAAUGCAGGAGACUACAUUGUCGGGCGUCUUGCGGUAACAUACUCAUGA